UUUGCGGUCACAUGCGUCUUCUUGUUUGUUGUUAUGUUUUGGAGCAAUAUGUUUUUGAAUGAUAUUGGUCAGCCUUUGAUAUUGGAUCCCAAUAAAAGAUACGGACGUUUCGAACAACACAGUGGACCACUGCUACUGACAUCGGCCGCAUUCCAGGAACAUGUAGUUCCUAAUGAUUGGUGUGGGCAAGUUUAUGGAACUUCUGAAGAUAUUGCUCGUUUUCAGAGCAUGGGAUCGACGAAAACCUACAAAUACAUAGUACUUAAACCACAUGAACCAAUACAAAUUGAAUACAGAAAAAUCAAGAACAUUUUAACGUUGAUUCCAGUGUCACAAAAUACACAAUUAUAUUAUCUUCAAAAUGAUCAUGUUAGAGUGCUAAUAGUUGACAAAUUGACUGGAUAUUUGGACUUUAUACCAAAGGCUGGUGCGAAUUUUCAUCAAGCGCUGGGAAGUGGCAUCGAUGUCAUGUACAUAGACGAUUUAUGCUUUAUAACAGAUGGAAAUGAGGCCGAGCAACAAAGAGAACAUUUAUAUGUUCUCAUUCAACUAAUUAGACCUAAAUACUUGCAUGGCUUAAGGCAAAAUAAGCUGCCGAGAUACAUGCUGGAUUUAUGUGCUCGCAAAGCGUUGUAUCUCAAAACUUAAUGAGUAUAAGACAUUAUUAAAAUGUUA